AAUUUGCCUAAUUUGAAAGACAGCGACAGCAACCAAACAAAACACCCUCUCGGCGGAGCUUUGUCUACGAACGAGGCAGCGACACUCUCUUCUCCAGUUCUUCCAUUCUUCCUGCUGCUUCUUUUUCUCUCUCCUCUCUAUUCCUCCCCAAAACGUCGGAUGCUUGACAGUAUCUUGUUCAUGGUGGAUGGUGGCGUUCUUGCAGUAACACACAUUCAACGAAUUUCAGCUGCUAAGAAUAAGAUUCAUGGACAUAGAACUCGACGUAUCAUCACAAAAGCCUCAUCAUCUUCAACCAAAGAUGUUUGGUCCAGAUUACCAUCACAAUCUGCUGCUUCUUCAUUGUCUACUUCUUUUUCACAGCAACCACCUCGAACACACCGCCAAAAUCCACCACAAAGAAACACUUUCUUAGACCACAGCAUUGACAUGGAUGAUUUGCUGAAAUCUAUAGCCCAAACCGAGGAUGAGGGAGAGUUGUUUGCUUUAUUGUCACCUUAUAAAGGCAGGCAACUAUCUGUUAGGUUCAUGGUCUCUCUUCUUUCUCGGGAAUCAGAUUGGCAACGUUCUAUUGCAUUGCUUGAUUGGAUAAAUGAUGUUGCUUUAUAUGCCCCAUCAGUGUUUGUAUACAAUGUUGUUAUCCGUAAUGUGCUUCGGGCGAAGCAGUGGGUGGUUGCACAUGGCCUGUUCGACGAAAUGCGGCAGAGAGCUCUGGCCCCUGAUAGGUAUACUUAUUCGAUGCUUAUUACUCAAUUUGGGAAAGAGGGCAUGUUUGAUUCUGCACUUUCUUGGCUGCAGAAGCUGGAGCAGGAUCGUGUGUCGGGGGAUCUUGUUUUGUACAGUAACUUGAUUGAGUUGUCUCGUAAAUUAAGUGAUUAUUCCAAAGCGAUAUCUUUGUUUUCGAGGUUGAAGAGGUCUGGUAUUAGGCCUGACCUUGUAGCUUAUAAUACAAUGAUUAAUGUCUUUGGGAAAGCUAAGCUGUUUUGCGAGGCUCGAGAUCUGUUGAAAGAGAUGAGAGAAGAUGGAGUAAAUCCAGAUACUGUUAGUUACUCGACGCUUUUGAAUAUGUAUGUGGAGAAUCAUAAGUUUGUUGAGGCUUUAUCUGUCUUUUGUGAGAUGAAUGAGGCAAAAUGUGUUCUUGAUCUUACUACCUGCAACAUCAUGAUAGAUGUUUAUGGACAGCUUGAUAUGGCCAAGGAAGCUGAUCAGCUUUUCUGGGGCAUGAGAAAGAUGGGUAUUGAACCUAAUGUUGUAAGUUAUAAUACUCUUUUGAAAGUGUAUGGAGAAGCGGAGCUUUUUGGUGAAGCUAUACAUCUUUUUCGCUUGAUGCAGAAAAAAAAUAUUGAACAGAAUAUUGUUACCUACAAUACCAUGAUAAAAAUAUAUGGGAAAUCUCUUGAGCAUGAGAAAGCUGGAAACUUGGUGCAAGAGAUGCAAAAAAGAGGGAUUCAGCCUAAUGCAAUUACGUAUUCAACAAUAAUAUCUAUAUGGAGCAGGGCUGGGAAAUUGGAUCGUGCUGCCAAGUUGUUUCAAAAGCUUAGGAGUUCUGGUGUUGAGAUUGAUCAGGUUCUAUAUCAGACAAUGAUAGUGGCUUAUGAGAGAGCAGGAUUAGUUGCUCAUGCAAAACGGCUGCUUCAUGAGCUUAAGUGUCCAGACAAUAUCCCUAGAGACAUUGCCAUCACUAUUCUUUGCAGAGCUGGAAGGAUUGAAGAGGCCACAUGGGUUUUUCGACAGGCAUUUGAUGCUGGUGAAGUGAAGGAUAUUUGUGUAUUUGAGUGUAUGAUUGAACUUUAUUCAAGAAACAGGAAAUAUAGAAAUGUCAUAGAGGUGUUUGAGAAGAUGAGAGCAGCAAGAUACUUCCCGAAUUCAAAUGUUAUUUCUCUCGCCUUGAAUGCUUAUGGAAAAGUCAGAGAUUUUGAAAGGGCUGAUUUAGUGUAUAGAGAGAUGCGAGAAGAGGGCUGUAUUUUCCCUGAUGAAGUUCAUUUCCAAAUGUUAAGUCUGCAUGGGGCAAGAGGUGACUUUGAGACUGUGGAAUUACUUUUCAAGGCGCUUGAUUCUGACCCCAACAUAAACAAGAAGGAAUUGCAUCUAGUUGUUCGUAACGCAUAUAAAUCAGCUAAAAGACUCAGUGAUGCUGCUACAGUCAUCAAUGAUAUGCCUGACAAAUGAGAUCUUGAACACAAAAAAACAAGUGUAUAUGCUCAGUUUUGUACAUUACCUUGGCCUUGCUUUAAUUCAACACUUGUGUUGUACUUGUAUUACUGUGAAUGGUGUAAACGCUCUCCACAAUCCACGGUUCACACA